UUUUGGCCGCGCCACCGUAAAGCGACGCAAGCGUCGUAAAAGCUAAGGCAAAAAGUACUUGCCCGCGGGCAAAAUGGCGGCUGAACGCACCCGUGAAGAAACGGGGUGAGGCCCGCUGCCAUUCCCGCCAUUUUGAUUACGGGCGGCUGCAGCCCUUUCAAGGCAGGCUUCGAUGGGGCUAGGGGGGCUCGUGGUUCCCGCGCUGGGCGUGGCUGCCGCCUGGCUGCUGGGCCUCGGGCUCGAUCCCAGCUCCUGGCCGCUCCCUUUCUUCUCCGGGCGGGGCCGGCUGCUGAGCCCCGCCGAGCUCGCGCGUUACACGGGCGCGCAGGGCGGCCCCGGCCUCUACCUGGCGGUGCUGGGGCAGGUGUUCGACGUGCGCCGGGGGCACAAGCACUACGGGCCGGGGGGGGCCUACAGUGUCUUCGCAGGGAAAGAUGCCUCCAGGGCUUUUGUGACCGGAGAUUUCACCUCCACCGGCCUUGUGGAUGAUGUUUCUGGGUUAUCUCCAUCAGAAAUGUUGACGAUACAAAACUGGCUCUCUUUCUACAGCGAGAACUACAUUUGUGUUGGCAAACUGGUAGGAAGAUUCUAUGAUGAAAAUGGGGCCCCCACAAAAGCUCUGGAACAGGCCAAGGCUGUCAUUGAAGAAGUGCUGAAGUUCAAUGGACAAAACGAUGAGAAGAAGCAGUUCCCUCCCUGUAACUCUGAAUGGAGCUCAACCAGUGGCAGCAGAUUCUGGUGUUCCAAACAAAGUGGGGGAGUGAACAGAGACUGGAUUGGAGUCCCCAGGAAGCUGUACAAGCCUGGUUUCAGGGACAGUCAAUGUGUGUGUGUAAGAACUACUGGACCUCCCUCUGGACAAUUGGAUUCUGAGCACAGUGACAGAGGUGACUUGGACAAUCCUAACUUGCAAGAAUACAAGGGAUGCUAUACACUAGCUGACUGGUGUGUGUUAAAAGAUUAAGGGAAUAGCCAUGUUGGACUGGAUAUGCAUUUAUUGUCCUAAAAUGAAAUAGUUGAUUAGGUACAAUAAAAAAAUGCAUGUUUUGAGCUGCACAGUGGAUUCUCUGGUAUUUAAGACCAGGGAGACUUAAACAGGAAUCAGUUUGUAUAAAUUAUACUUGAGUAUAUGUAAACGCCAUGCAAAAAUGCCAGUAUAAGCAAUGGAAAUGUGAGACAGGGAGCAUGGUAAAGAAAAUGUUAACGCAGAAAAUCAUCUUUGCUGAUAGCUGUUUCUGUAGCUUGUUGUUGGUGCAUUGGUACUUAAGUUUGUCAAGAAAAAAUUUUUCUUCUGCAAUCAAGAAGUAGAUGUACGGAUGGAAUGGUGCCGGUGGGUGUACUAGCUCAUGUGUGGUGAGUUCUGAGCUAGCACACCACUACACUGCAGACCCAUUUUCAUGGACAAGCAUACAAACCAGCCCACCUCUCUUCUGUCCCAUCACAACAUGGCUCUUCUUACACUAGAGUUGUGCUAAUACUCACUAAUCUUCACAUACCACCACCAACGUGCUGAGAAAUGACUUAGCACUGCAAAGGCUUCAGUUACUUCUGUAGUCAUACUGUUAAACAUCUACUAGCCUGUAUGGUUUAAACUAUCCAAAAGCUACACUUGUCAAACGAACCCAGGACAGUAGGUGAUGCGUUAUCAGUGUUUCUACCAUUCUUUGGGUAUAGGAAACAUUAAGGUAUACCCAGACCUUCUCUAAACUCUCCCUCCAAAUGCUUCCUAUGACUUGCUAUUUCCAUAAUACUUACAAGCCAUGAGUCACCUGUUCUAACUGAACCAUGAAAGUGAUCCACAGGCAGGUAAAUGAUUUUACUACUAUAAUCUGUCUUUCCUCCUCCUCCUCCCUUACUCUCAUUUACUACCUCUACAUGUUGCAUUGUCUCUAAUUAUAUUGUAAAGUCUUUUUGUGCAGAAAAGACCCAACCCAUGUGGUGUUCUAAUUUGCAAAAUCCAAUAGUGUUGUGUGUUGCCUAAAUACUAAUGCAAAUUAGUACUGUUAUUCUGUGCAGGGCUACUCUGUACAAAUUAGUGCAUUAAACUGUUUUACAAAAGAAGAAAGCUUCCUGUCUCCCUUGCCCAGUUCUUUCCCCUCCACCACAAAAUGGUUAACUAGUGCAAGUCACUAGUGACUGAGCAGAAGACAGCAAAGUAGUAUUCAAGAACUCACAUAAAGAACAUGCUAUGUACCCCCCAAAAUUUAGAGCUAGCACACCAGGUUCACUAUAGCCUGGCUUUUUUUAAAUGGUGUACAGCAACAAAUAUGGUUGUGGUUUAUAAAUUUAUUAAAGGUUGUUUUUCUA